AUGGAUGGAUCGUAUGAAUCUUCAAUGUGUAAUGGAAGUGACGGUAAUGAAAUGCAAUACAAGGGAAUUCGAUAUGAUAAGUUGUCUACAGAAGACCUUAAAAGGCAGGAGUUUAAGACUAUAGAGGAAGCUGAGUCCUUUUACAAUGCUUAUGCAAAGGCCAUGGGUUUUGAUGUUAGAACUGACUACAAGAGAUUAAGUACACGCACAACUGGGAGAGUCACUUCAUUGCGGAUGGUUUGUUCUGCUCAAGGGAAAAGAAGAGAAGAGUACAUGAGUAACAAGAAAAGAGUUCGCAGGCCAAAGAAAGAAACAAGAUUCAAUUGUCCAUGCUUGUUCAAAGUAAGGUACUGUUCAAAUAGUAAUGCCUAUAUUGUUGGUGAUUUCAUUAUGAACCACUCACAUCAGCUUGCACAAACACAUGAGUCCCAUCUUCUUCGAUCACAUAGAUCAGUUCAGGAUCAUCAUUUAGCAUUGGCCGCAUCUAUGCAGAGAGUGUCUGUUAAGCCUUGUCAUACAUAUGAAUACAUUGUUGAUAGAUCAGGGGGUUUUAAAAAUGUUGGGUUUAUUAUGAAGGACUUGUACAACAAGUUAGAUUCAAGACGUCGAGAAAUUUUACUCGAUGGUGAUGCAGAAGCUCCACUUGCAUAUAUGAGAGGCAAAGUUGCCAUAGACUCGCAUUUCUACUGCAAGUUUAGCAUAGAUGAAGAUAACAGGUUGGCAAAUAUGUUUUGGAGAGACUCCAAUUCUCUAGUGGAUUAUACUUGUUUUGGAGAUGUUUUGGUGUUUGAUAGUACCUACAAAACCAAUCCUUAUGAGAAGCCGUUAGUGUUGUUUGUUGGUUCAAUCAAUCAUUUAUCGACCACAGUUUUUGGUUUUGCAUUACUCAUAGAUGAAACGAUUGAGACUUACAAAUGGGUUUUGGAGACCUUUAUAUCGUCUAUGAAUAACAAAAGGCCUAUUGUUGUCUUGACUGAUGGGGAUGAAGCAAUGCGAAGGGCUAUUGAAGUGGUACUCCCCGGUUGUGCUCAUCGGCUGUGUACAUGGCACAUAGCAAAGAAUGCCCGGAGGCACUUGCAUAAGAACAGUGUCUUUUCUGAAUUUAGACGUUGUAUGUGA